AUGUCUGAAGUUCACGAAGAUCGCCAAUUUCAAUCGAAUGUUCCACUUGAAGUAUAUCCCACAUGGGAAAGUAUGAAACUUAAACCAGAGCUUAUUGAAGCUAUCAAGAAAAAUGGCUGGGAAAAGCCUUCUCCAAUUCAACAAAGAGCAAUUUACAUCAUUUCACAAGGCAAAAAUAUUAUGUUUCAGUCACAAAACGGUAGUGGUAAGACAGCUACUUUCUCUAUUGGCACUCUUGCACGCCUCAGACUUACUUCAAAAACAACAGAAUUAAUUAUCGUUUCUCCAACACGCGAAUUAGCAAUACAAACCGAAAACACACUUAAAUCACUCGGAGCAAACACACGCGCAUGUGUUGGUGGCAAUUCUCUCGGUGCAGACGUAAAAGCCUUACAAAAAGGUAUUCAUUGCGUUUCAGGAACACCAGGACGUAUCCUUCAAUUACUUAAGGAACACAAUAUCCAAGCAGAGAAAGUUCAAUCCGUUGUUUUGGAUGAAGCAGAUGAAAUGUUGACUUCUUUCAAGAGCACGAUUAUGGACAUUCUACAGAAAUUACCACACGCACAGAAAGUUAUUGUUACAGCUACAGUCAGCGCUGACGUUGUAGAGCUUGCAACAGCUCAUCUACGAAAUUCUGUUGAAAUCAGAGUUCCUCGCGAUGAAUUAACACUCACAGGCAUCGACCAAUACGUUGUACGUGUAGAGAACGAAGAAUGGAAGUUCGAUACACUUAUUGAUAUUUAUCAAUCGAUUGCCAUCGAAAAAGCAGUUAUUUUCGUGAAUUCCGUUGAAAAGGGUAACUGGUUGAAGGGUAAAAUGGUUGACAGCGGCUUCACAGUUGCCUUAGUUCACGGCCAAAUGACGAUGGACGACAGAGCAAAAAUUACAGAAGAAUUUCGAUCAGGAGAAGCGAGAGUUUUAAUUGCUACUGAUGUAUUCUCUAGAGGUAUCGAUGUAAGAAACGUUACCCUUGUUAUUAACUUUGACUUCGCAUUGACUUGCGAUGUUUAUCUCCAUAGAAUUGGAAGAUCUGGCAGAUUCGGAAGAAAAGGUCUUGCAAUUACUUUGUGCGCAGGAGAAAGUGAUGAAAUGAAACUUAGAAAGCUUGAGAAAUACUUCUCAACAAAGAUUGGACCACUUCCAUCUGAUCUCGAUGCAUUAUUUUUCUAA